CAUGAACAGCGGCAUCAGAUGGGAAACCCAAAUAGUCAACAUCUACAAGCUCAGUGAUUUGAGACAUUUUCCGAAAAAAAAAAAAAACUUCAAAACGACGACGUUUCUUGUUAACCAUUACACUAAUGCACACCAUCAUAAACACCAGCACCUUGGCUGAAAUUGACUCUCCUUUUGGUCCCGGAAGGUCAGAGCGGGUGCAUUUAGAAAUUAGAAGAGGUAAUCCUAGUCAUUGGCCCUGUUGAAGAAUUAGAAUCUUGAGGCAUGGACUCUGAGAUGGUAGUGCAUGAAGGUGGGUGCCAUUGCAAGAAAGUAAGAUGGCGAGUGCAAGCGCCUACCGGAGUUGUGGCUUGGAGUUGCAACUGCUCGAAUUGCUCUAUGAGGGGCAACACUCAUUUUAUUGUCCCUGCUGACAGAUUUGAGCUUUUGGGUGAUUCUGAACAGUUUCUUACUACUUACAGCUUCGGUACUCAUACGGCGAAGCAUAAGUUUUGUAAGGUUUGUGGGAUAACUUCAUUUUAUUAUCCACGCUCCAACCCUGAUGGUAUUUCCAUCACAUUUACGUGUGUUGAUCCUGGAACACUAACCCAUAUUGAGGUUAAGUAUUAUGAUGGGAAAAAUUGGGAAACCUCACACAAUCAAACAGGAAUUGCUUCUCAGUCGAAGGGUUGAAGAAAUGAUUCAUGUUGGUGAUAUCGAAUUAGCAUUAGCAACAAAUAGGAACAACUUUUGUAGUGUGGAAGUUGAUGUUCGUCACUGUGUUGCUUGCUCCUACUGCUUUUCCAAUCAUGUAUCUGGAACCAUGACUUGUGUGUGAUGCUUCCUUCUAGUUUUUGCUUUUUUGUUUUGUUUUUGUUCUUUGGCCAUUUGUAAAUAUUCCAUUUUUAGUGUAAGAAAAGGAAAACUUAGUAAAAA